UUUUACACACACUUCAGCGUUCAGCUUCACUUCAAUUCCCAUUUGAAUCAACAAAAACCAGAAUCCAUAAAAGAUUUUGAUGACAAACAAACCAAAAUAGCCCCAGAAAAAGACUCAUCCUUUUCCAUCCUUCUCUGAAACUAAAACCUUUGCUGCAAAUGCUUCAAUCUCUCCAUCUCCUUUCCUCCCCUUCCCCUCUCUCUUUCCCUACCCCCCACUGCCCAUCUUCUUCCCCACUCUUCUCUCUCCGAAAACCCAGCUUUUUCUCUCCUUUCUCUUUACACCCCAAAGUCCUCCUUGGGCCAUUGUUUGCUCAAGCUCGAAAACCUAUCACCACCAUUGCAGAAGCAGAAGAAGAAGAGGGUCCCUUUGAGUUGCCACCAUCUUCUAAUUCUUCUUCAAUCUUUGCUACAAGUGAUGACCCCACUCCUCUCCAAACUGCCACCGGUGUUUUGCUUACUGGUGCCAUUGGGGUCUUCCUGUUUCGGUCCCUUAGACGCCGUGCUAAGCGUGCUAAAGAGCUGAGAUUGAGGUCAUCAGGGAUAAAGAAAUCAUUGAAGGAAGAGGCACUAGAUAACUUGAAAGCAAUGGCGUCAGCUUCAAUUGAAACCAAGUCGUCCACACCCUCACCAGUUCAGGCAUUGUUGGGAAGCAUAGCUGCGGGUGUCAUUGCUCUUAUUCUUUAUAAGUUCACCACUACUAUUGAAGCAGCUUUUAGUCGCCAGACAGUUUCUGAUAAUUUCUCGGUUCGUCAGAUAUCGAUAACUAUCAGGACUAUCGUGAACGGAUUGUGCUACCUUGCAACUUUUGUUUUUGGCAUCAAUUCUCUUGGCUUAUUCCUUUAUUCGGGUCAACUUGCCAUAAGUUCCUUCAUGGACGGUUCCACACGUAAAGAAAAUGAGAGUAAAGGUGAGGAGAAUGUUGGCUCACUAAGUUCUGUGAAAGAAAAUGCUGUAGAGGGGACAGAAUUGACGAGCAGCAGGGAGGAUCAGAGUCCAGGUGGUAAACAAUAGUGCUAGAGGUUAUCAACAGAUAGUGGAAGAAAUAGGCAUUACGUACACUUUACUCAUUUGCAAGGAGGAAAUGUAAAUGUUUUGCCACAUUGUUUCAUAUAUAUGACUUUUCUUUCUUGAUAGCUAUGCUGUUUCAUAGUCACAACCUCCCAUUUUUUAUAUGAAUGAUCAAUCCUCCAGGCAGUUGGUACCUUAUUGCUAUAAACUGUAAUUCGGGACAGCUUAAAAAGAGUAAUGGCAAGGUAUAAUCCAUGCGGCAGUCCCCUCAUAGUGGGAAAAGUUUUGCUUCUUCUUGUUGAUUGUAAAAUGUGAUGAACUUCGUAACUGCUGCUGCAGAGAUGCACAAUA